AUGCCGUUAGUAAUGAACAAAGCAGAAUGGAACCGCAUCGUCGGCUGGACAGACCACGACAAAGAGGACCCAGAAGUGGUUCGUCGACGGGAAUACGUGCGCUAUCUCGACGAAGAGAGCAAUAAGAUGACUAAACACUGGCCCAACUCCUUGGAGAAUGUUAACAAGCGCAAUGAAGAAUUACGUCUGGCACGGAUUCAAGCUGCCGAACAGGCCAACACCAAGUUCUACAAGCGGUAUGUCAAGAGAAAGAAAGAGGAACAGCAGAGACUAAUGUACAGCGCCCGGGACACAGUAUUCAAAAACAAGGAUGCACCAAAAUUGAUGCUCAGUGCAGUAAUAGAGACUGUAGUCCAGAAAGAAAGGGCUGAGCAGCUGAAAUUUUUGGGAGAGCUGCGCCAGCAAGCUAUUGAGGAGAAGAGGCAUGAAGACCAGGAGAUCAUCAGAAAAGCCAAAGAGUGGAACGAAUUACUGGAGCUAAGGAAAAAGAGGCGUUUCGAAGUUAAUAAACAACAUCAAAAAGAAAUACUUGAACAGGCACAAGAAAUAUCGGAAAGAAAUAGACGAGAUUAUGAAACAGAGUUAACAAUGCAGAAAAUCGAUAACAUUAAAGCAGACGAAGAAAUGGAAGCCCUCAGAGAAUUCGAAGAAAAAUUCCAAGCUGAGGAGAAGAAGCGGAUCCUGUCGGACAUGGAGCAGUCCCGGCACGAGGCGGCGCGGCGCGCGCGCGAGGCGGCGGCGCGCGACCAGCUGGACGACCAGCUCAUCGCCGUGCUGCAGCGCUCGCGGGCCAGGGUCGACGCCGCCAGGAGGAACACUGAGAAGGAGGCGCGAGCUGAGAAGUUACGUUUGUUGGAGAAGAUCAGCCAAAAGUUGGAGUCCGGAGACGCGGACCGCGACGCCAAGGAGCAGGCCGUACUCGAAAAGGCCAACAGGGAGAAGGAAGCCAUGAUGGAGGCCCGAGCGCAGGCGCAGGUGGACAAAUUGGCGAAGUUCAAGCAGGCGCGGAUCGAUGCGAGGAAUAAAUACCUCCAGGACGAAGCGCGGCGGUUGCACGAGUCCGACACAAUUCGCCAGUUUGAGAUCAUGAACAGGUUCAAGAACGAAGAACUGUAUGAAGAUUACAAGGAGGAACUGCGCAAAGAAAAAGAGAGGAAGAUCAGGGAAUAUCGGGAGGAUAUAAUCAAAUUAUGGAAAGAACGCGAAGAUCGUGAAUCUCGCGAGCGCGCCGAGACGCGCCACUUCUACGGCGAGCUCGCCGAGAAGAAGUUGCGAGACGCCGACAACAAGAUGCUGACUCACGCCGAAGACCUCAUACAGGAGGCCAGGGAGAAGCAGCGGCCGGAGAGACCGCUGCUCAGGGCUGUGGAUCGGUACUGCAAACUGUACCGGCUGUACCCGAUGCCGGAGCCGCCCGCGGCGCUGCGCGCGCGCCUGCCGCCCGCCGCGCCCCGCGACCGCGCGCGCCCGGACCCCGGGUACCGCCGCGAGCCGCCGCCGCCGCCCGAGCGCGCGCCCGACGAUUACAACGAUGAUGAUGAUGGUGAUGGCGGCACGGCAAGGGGUUGUGCUGCCGCUGAGAGGAGAGACGGCUUGCAAGCUCCACAGGCUGAGCCAUACAAACCGCCGCCUAAGACGGAACGGAAACCUGAUGAUUAUAAACGUCAGGGAAAAGCAAAUGGCUUGCAGAAGUCACAAAAACAGCACGACUUGACCUUGACCCAGGGGUUCCUGCCUCCAAUCAAGACAGUCCCCUGUCAAACGCCGGAGUGUAGCUGUGAUUUGAAGAAAUAAAACGAACUCAUUACAAA